AUGGCUUCGACAACCGCCCAACGCCGUCUGCUCCAAGAAUACCGCGCCCUGACCAACAACCCUCCCGAAGGCAUCACCGCCGGCCCCGUCUCCGAAGACGACCUCCUGUACUGGGAAGCCCUCAUCCAAGGUCCCGAGGGCACCCCCUUCGAAGGCGGCAUCUUCCCAGCCGAGCUGAAAUUCCCAAAAGACUACCCGCUCGCGCCGCCCAGCAUGCGGUUCCUGGGCGAAGUCUGGCAUCCAAACGUGUAUCCGAGCGGCUUAGUAUGUAUCUCGAUCCUGCACCCACCGGGAGACGACCCGAACCACUACGAACAUGCGUCGGAGCGCUGGUCGCCGAUUCAGAGCGUCGAGAAGAUCCUGAUCAGCGUGAUGAGCAUGUUGGCUGAGCCGAAUGACGAGAGUCCCGCGAAUGUGGAGGCGGCGAAGAUGUGGAGGGAGCAGAGACCCGAAUAUGAGAGGAGGGUUAGAGAGGGCUGUCGGCGGAUGCUGGGUUUGUAG